AUGAUGAGCGAAAUCCAGGAAUGGCAUGCCGAGCUUUCCCCCCUAAACCUUCCCAGUAUUCUGGUGGCCCAGGCUUGCUUCGAGGCUGGUGACUUCGACCGUGCAAUGAAGGCAUGUGGCACGUACUCAGCUGCUGGCAACUUGUUCUGGAUCAACUUCAAAUGGCGCCCCUGCAGCCAUGUCUUUACGAACAUGAAGGCCGUGGAAGAGGUAUGGAAGUUCCACUUCAGCAGGGGUCCAGCACCCUUCCCAUGGAGGAUCGUGGUUGCUUUGCCAAGCUCGAAGUUCACCGCGGCUGCCCUGGGGAAGCAGUUCGGUGCUUUGAAGCGAGUGUCACCCGAAGAGCAGGAGGCAGCCUUGCUCAUGGCAAUCGCCAAAAGGAUCGACGAAGGCGCAUCGGACGAGGAGUUGAAGAAGUGGCGCAAGACGCUGCUGACCGUCGACAUGGAGUUCAUGCCGCUGCCCACGUGCGACGAUCAGUACUUCAAGGCGGUGAACCUCCGCCGAGCUGUGAUUGUGGAGAACGAGGCGGUUGUGCGCAGCUGCAUCCAGUCAAUCCAAGAGAUCAUGGAGUUUAAGCUUCGGAAGGAGAAGGGUCUGGGGCACUCGAUGACGGCAGAAGAACUUUGCACAGCUUGGAAUGCACAUGCCAUCGAAAUCUCCAGUAAGUAUGCAGAAGAGAUCUCCGCCACAUGGAUUCAAAAUGCCGUGAAGAUUCAGAACAGCAUCCUGUCUGAUAAAGACGUGCGAAAUGUUGUGUUGUGGAUGGAAGGGGAGUAUGGCAAAUCAAACCCUCUCAACAGCAUCUACUCGCUGGAAGCAAUUAUCAGCUCCACCAAGACCAGAGAAGACAUUCUCUGGGUUCUGGACAUGAUAACACACGGCUUGAAGUUCCUCGGCAUGACUCCUGCUGAGUUCAGCAGUCGCAAUCUCGGUAACAAGAAGGGCGGGAAGGGCGUCGUGCACUUGUUUCUCUUCAAGAAGAUGCUGCUGGAGUACUUGAACACGUGGCUUGUGAGCCACGGGUUCGGUGAAGAGCAACGGGCAAUGCUGAGUCAGCUGCUUACUCCGGAGUCCUACCGAAAGUGCUGUGGUGCUGCCGGAAUGAAGGUGGACACGCAGUGGAUGGGCCUCAAGGCCGGGAGCACCAGGCUGCUGAUUCAGUUCGUGAAGAAUGCAGUCUAUUCACAGAGCAUGGACCAGUAUCUCAAGCAAGCCAUCAAGAACACGAUGGACCCCAAGGAUGUCAUCCAGGCCGUCCAGACUCUGAAAGAUGCCUUGGAUGAGCUCCAGGCUUGCUUCCAGAAGGAAUCUGGCCCGCAGGCACCCGGCAAGAAGAAUGAGAUUGAGAAGGCCGAGUCUCAGGUUAUGGACAAGUCCUUCACUGUGCCACUGGCUGAGUUAGUGACACCGGAGCAAGAGAAGCUGGACGUGGACGGUCAGUUGAGUCAGUGGCAGGAGUACUUAGAGGAGGUUUUCGGACAGUGGGUCAGCUUCAUCUUGAAUGACAGCUCCAGCACCACGCUUGCAGAGAGCAUGAAGGAAAUGGCUAUUGUCCAGGCUAGCCAGCAGAAAGAUGGGCAGAAGGUGCUCAUCUACGAUUGCAAAACGGCUGGCGAAGCAUCCAGCCACCCGAACACGAGGCAGCCGCCGUUCAAGCCGAAAGACUUGACGAAAUGGGUUCAUGCGGUGAUCCGUUCCUUCGACGAGGGCAAGACUCACGGAGGCACCCUUCCUCCCAAGCACCUCGUUUGUGUGUUGGAUGGAGGCAAGUUCGGCAACGAAGGGCAGAUCCAGAGCGCUUUCUUGGACUUGGAGGGCAAACUCUUUUCAAAAGAAAGCCAGAAGUUCAUCGUUCUGACGACGCAGAAGUCCUUAGGGGACAGAAAAGAGAGAGUGAAGGGAUUUGUGAAUCAAAGCGAGAACCUCCACGUGAUGUGCACUGGUGGGCCCUUGGAGAUUGAAAACAAGCCCAGGCUCUAUCUGCCGGAUGCCACGACUCACGGCACACUCUUGGGGUACUUUAAGGCACCAAGUUUCCUUGACGGCGAGUGCUGGAGAGUGGAUCCCGUCAGCAAGCGCAAGAUGCUCGGCACCAACGGUAAGAUCCUCACCGGAGGAGCUGCUGCGGACCCACUCCCGAAACCGAAAUUUGAAGACGGACUCGAGCCCAUGUCGUGGCAUUUCACAGGAAAGCAGGUGUGGGAAGAGAUUCUGCAUGCAAUGGAAGCCCAGGUUGUCAUAGCCGCCACGUGCUUGGAUCACCUGCUGCCCUGCGUGUGUCUAGAAAUGCGGGUGCCGAUCGUGGUUUCCUGCUGGACAGAGGAGCACCGCCAGGCAUUGAAGACCAAGAUCAUGAAGUGCUUGUGGGGGAUGUUCUUAGAUGAGACAAGCCCGCAUCACCAGCCGGCUUUGUGCAAGCUGCUGAACCUCAAGAACUCCAAGCGCAAGGUUCCUCCCCCGGGGCUCCCGAAAGCAGCAGCACCAAAAAAAGCACGAGCAUCCAAGACCGCCAAGAAAGAUGGAGAUGAUGAUAUGGGUGACCCAGAUGAGACGGAGAGUGUUGAGAAGAAUCUGCCAGAUCCGAAUAAGCCCGACCCGAAAGUCAAGGCGGCACCGAAGCAGUCAGGCCGCAAAGCAGGCAACUCCUCCACGGGGUCCGAUGAGGCCAAGGCCAAGCUGCUGGAGAAGCUGAUGGGAGCCGCUGGGUGA